GCACGCACACGGCACACUCAUCGACAACAACAACAACAACAACAGACUACAGUCAACAAUAACGCAACCACAGUCCACAGUAACAUAUAAGCUCUGCCGAUCGUCAUUAGUCCGACACUUUGCCACAGACCUUCUCACCGUCAACGCUUCAUCGUUGCCUAGAAUAAAAAAAGUAAAAAUCAAAACUCGAAUUCAACAAGAUGGCGAUCACGAAAAUUACCAUGAUUAAAUUUUUGGAACUUGCUUUAACCAUCAUAAUUUUCGUUUUACAUUACAACAGUUUUCCGGGGGGUGAUACCACAUCGGUCAUGAUCACUACCGGGACGUAUGUCGGUUAUGUGAUUAUUUUGGCUGGAAUUUUCAUUGGACUUUUCACUGGAACGCCGAUAAGCUCUCGACUGGAUAUGUUCUACGUGUUGAUUGGUGCUGCUCUCUUCAUUGCAUCUGGAGUUAUGUCGUACAACUAUUACAAUGGAUAUUCAUUGAAAUCAUCUUAUGUCAACACUGGUUUAACCAAGGCUUGGUUGUCCAUCCUCAAUGGAGUUGUGUUUGUCGUCGAUGCUGCAUUCACAUACCGUGGCGAAUAAGUUAUAUUUAUAAGAAAAUGUAAUAUUAUCAUUAAACUAAAUUUUAAAGGUAUAAUAUUUAUUUUAUUUAACGAAUGUUAUAGGUAAAUAAUUUUUUUUAUAUAGGUAUACAUAGAAGUAUAAAUGUAAUAAUGCAUUUAAACUUAAAAUGUAUAAUUUAUAUUUCUAUGUACUACAAUAAUUUAUUUUUUAUCUGUAUAAAUAAGAGAGCACUCCAUAUUAUUUAAUUCAAAUUAUAAUUUGUUUACUUGUUGUGACUCAUUUAAACUUCUUUAAUCAUUUCUCAGAGUAAAAAUAAUGGUAUAUCCUAUCAGUUACUUUAUUAUAUUAAUUGCGUGUGUAAGUUUAUACUUCAUAAUAAAAUAUUCAAUGGUUUCAUAACAACAUAACAACUGUAAAUAAUUUUAAAUGUGAUUUAGUAGUCACUUAUUUAUUAUGUCUGUAUUAUGUGUUCUUACAAGAAUGUUUAAUCUAUUUAUUUUUAAGAUUAAGUAAAAUAUUUAUUAUUAAGCUGAUGAUUAUCACAUUUUAAUUUAAGUUUUCAGGAGUUAAUAUUUUUAUUAUUUUUUAAUUUUUUACUAUGCAAUUUCUAUUAAUACGUAGAUAAAAAUAUAUUUUGAAAAAAAUUACAACAUUUUACUGAUUAAAAUGUUUUGAUUUUGGUUGCAAAUUUCAAUCACAUUUUCUUAUAUUAUAUUUUAUUUUAUACUAUGUUGCCACUGACAUUAUUAAUAUAAUUAAUGUGUAUUAUAAAAUCUUUAUCUGUGUAUUAAUUGAGUGUUUGUAAAUAUUAAGUUACUAUUCCUAAUAUGUGAGUUACUCAAUACGCACUGUAAGUUAAAUAAUACUACUUACGAAAAAAAAGAUUAAACUAUAAAUUACAAUAACUUAGUAGUUUGAUUACAUACAAAAGAUAUGCAUUUCUCAUAAUUCACAUAAUUAUUUGUUUUUUUUCCUUAGGUAGGCCGGUUUAUAUUAUAUGGGUUGAAUUUCGUAGUGAAAUGUAUUAUGAUUUAAUAUAAGAAUUAUUGAA